AUGUUCACUGAUAUCGAGGCGGCUGAAGCGCUGCUUGAGCUUCGCUACAACACACGUGCCGCAAAUCAAUACCCAUAUAUACCCAUGCCAACUCUACCCGAGAGGAACGCUCAGAAUCUUAAACUGACAUUCGAUCAAGGAACGCAGACCGAUCCUGUUCUCGAUUAUCCUUCAAUUGUCAAUUUAGAAGAACUGGAAACGGCAUUAAAACACUUGUACCAGCAGGUCCUAGCCGUAUUAUCUAAUACUGAAAUAAAUCAAAGUCGAUCAAUAAUGGAUAGGACAUCUGAAGAUCGAGGAGUAGAUGAGAAUGAAGAGAUUUUAGCAGUAGAAGAACCGACCAUUGUUCUUCAAAAUACGUCAAGUGUUGAGCUCGAAAUGGAUGAGAUGGCUGGUGGCUUAAAAAUACGUAGAGUAUCAGCGCAGACUACUAACGCAUGUUUGCCAUUGUCGGUUAACAAUGUUGAUAUGGUUUCAAUUGGAAACGGCAAUGUCACCGUGCCUGCCAGACUAAUGGCAGAAAUCGAUUGGACUUCCCACACCUCAGCGACGAGACGAUUGUUGCAAUCCGUCUUUCCUAGUAGGUAA